AUGGCUGAAGAUGGUUUGCCAAAAAUUUAUUCUCACCCUCCAACAGAAAGCAGUAAAACAGCUGAAGCAACCAUUCUCUUUGGGACUGACAACACUAUAUCUAAAUCAGAAACAACUAUUACUUCAGAAGGAGACCACAUUACUUCAGUAAGUGACUAUCUGCUUGAAUGUGAUUUUUCAACGAUAGACAACAACCUUCCAUCUCCAAAGGAAAGACUAAAUUCAGAAGAUGAUACAAAGCCCCAUAUUAUUAAGUCAUCAGACCAACUGGAAAAAGAAAUUACCACUCUGACCGAUGCUACAAACUCCAUGGUUUAUGACUCUAUUACUGAAGAUUUCCUUCCAGUGAAAAUUAGUAAUCUCUCAUCACCAGUCACUUCUGUUUCUUUAAUAGAUUUUUCCACUGAUUUGGCAAAAGAAGAUAUUCUCUUGGAUACCAUCGACCCAGGAGAUAAAGAUGUCUCUGGCUCACUAAAGAAAAGCACUGCCAGUGUUACUGGCACUCCAGCCCUUCCAGAUAAGAAGGAAGAACCUGAUAACAAUUAUAGCUCCGCAGUUAAAUCCAACACCAGUCCUGAUGAGGCUUUCCAGAUCACUGACUCCUCUAUUCCUGAGACUGAAAUCUCUCCCCCUGCUGAAAAAACCUUCACCACUGUUCCAGACAUAACUGCCCUUACAGAAGAGCAAAUAGCUAAAAUUGACUUAGUUCUUCCAGAAAAUGACCCCAGUGCUGUGUCUAAACUGACUGACUCUGAUGAGGAAAAGUUCAUCACUGUGUUUGAACUUACUACCACUGCCAAAAGAGGCAAAGAUAAUCCAGAAGAUAUUCUGCUAACUGAUGAAGAGUCUGUGGGUGGAGUUGAUAUUUGGGUGGAGAGAGGUUUUACCAAUGAGGUAGAGAACCCUCCUGUUUUGCUUACUGCUAUUGAAUCCAGAUAUGACUUCGUUGUUUCUAAACCAGUAGCUAUGAACCUCAUGGAAGAUUCAUCUCCUACAGCAAAAGAAGAUUUGACUGAAAAUAAUAGAAUGGAAUCUGUAACUAAGGCUACUGAGGAAUCUUCCAAAACCACCCCUGAUCCAGAUGACCCAAGCCAAAAAGAAAACACUUUUACAACUGAUAUGGGUGUCUUUAAACUACUGAAAGAAGAACCAGAUGAGUUCCUGAUUUGA